AUCAUGCUGGUAUUAAGGUCCAUAAAUAAAGUUUCUGAAAGUUUCUUAUUUAAGAGAAAAUUUAUACAUUAUCCAUUGACCAAAUACUCUUCACAAAAUGUUAAUCUAAAAUUUAAAUUAUCAAAUUAUCAGAUUUCUCGGAAUUAUUCAUCAAAAUCUGAUGAUAAGCCUCCCCCUGAUGAUGAUAUGGAUGACAUUGCUUCAAAUUUACCAGCUGAACAGCCUCAGUUAUAUACAACACAAAAUAUGGCACUUGCUCCUAUGCACAUUCCUGAAAAUUAUCCUCAUAUUCCUGUUAUUGCUGUCAAUCGCAAUCCACUUUUUCCUCGUUUUAUAAAAAUUAUAGAAAUUACUAAUAAAUUAUUAAUUGAUUUGAUUAGACAAAAAGUAAAACUAAAUCAACCUUAUGCAGGAGUUUUUCUGAAAAAGGAUGAUGACAAUGAAAUGGAGGUUUUAUACAAUUUAGAUGAUUUAUAUCAUGUGGGAUCAUUUGUACAUAUUCAUGAAAUGCAAGAUUUGGGUGAUAAAUUAAGGAUGAUUGUUAUGGCUCAUCGAAGAGUAAAAAUAUUAAACAUGAUUAAAGAUAUAGAAGAUAUUCCUAUUGAAACAAAUUCUGUUAAUAAACUUCAAGGUAAAGACAAAAUUCUUUCAAAGUUGACUAGUGUAAAUGCGAAGCCCAGUAGAUCUUGGCGGAAUAAUAAAAAAAUUAUUACAAAUAAUAUUGAUGAUAUAAAAUUAAAAUCUAAAAAAACAAUAAUUGAGAAACCUUUAGAUAGCAUUUUAAUUGACAAUGAUUCUCCUUCAAAAUUACCAUUAUUAAUGGUUGAGACAGAGAAUUAUCUUCAUGAAAAAUUCAAAGUUACUGAAGAAAUCAAGGCCCUUUGCGCCGAAGUCAUUAAAACCAUAAGAGACAUUAUAACCUUAAACCCACUGUACCGCGAAAGUGUUGCCCAAUUAUUUCAAAAUACGAGGAUAGGUGGUGUAACAGAUAACCCGGUUUAUCUUGCCGAUCUUGGCGCCACAUUAACAUCAGCCGACUCAUUGGAGUUGCAGAAGGUUCUGGAGGAACAGUCCGUCCCCAAAAGACUCAUGCUUUCUCUCUCCUUGCUUAAGAAAGAGUACGAGCUCAGUAAAUUACAGCACAAGAUUGGAAAAGAGGUGGAAGAUAAAGUAAAACAACAGCACCGUAAAUACAUGCUACAAGAGCAAUUGAAAGUUAUCAAAAAAGAGUUGGGCAUGGAGAAGGACGAUAAGGACGCUAUUGAGGAAAAAUUUCGGGAAAAAUUGAAGAAUCUGAAAGUUCCCCAAGCCGUCAUGGACGUUAUCAACGAGGAGCUCAACAAAUUAUCUUUCUUGGAUAACCACUCCUCUGAGUUUAGUGUGACGCGAAAUUAUCUUGAAUGGUUGACUAACUUACCCUGGGGCAUAUUUAGUCAAGAGAAUAUGGAUUUAGCUAGAGCUCGCAAAAUAUUGGAAGCAGACCAUUACGGAAUGGAGGACGUCAAAAAACGCAUCUUAGAAUUUAUAGCCGUUAGUCACUUAAAGAAAUCGGUUCAAGGGAAGAUAUUAUGCUUUUAUGGACCACCGGGUGUCGGAAAAACGAGUAUAGCUAAAUCUAUAGCAUCUGCCCUUAAUAGAGAAUUUUUUAGAUUUAGCGUGGGAGGCAUGACGGAUGUCGCCGAAAUUAAAGGACACAGGAGAACUUAUGUGGGAGCCAUGCCGGGUAAAAUUAUACAAUGCUUGAAAAAGACGAAGACAGAAAACCCUCUAGUUUUAAUUGACGAAGUUGACAAAAUAGGCAAAGGCUAUCAAGGGGACCCAUCUUCCGCUAUGCUCGAAAUGCUGGACCCCGAACAAAACUAUAAUUUUUUGGAUCAUUAUCUAGAUGUUUCAGUAGAUUUGUCCAAGGUGUUAUUUAUAUGUACGGCCAACAUAACCGAUACUAUUCCAGAACCACUGAGGGAUAGAAUGGAAAUGAUUGACGUUUCUGGCUAUGUGGCUGAAGAAAAAUUGGCUAUUGCUGAACAAUAUCUGAUACCUCAGGCUAGAGAAAGAUGUGGAGUUGAUAAAGAAAAGGCCGAAAUAUCGCCUUCGGCACUAAAAACCUUGAUCCGUAGAUAUUGCAGAGAAAGUGGAGUUAGGAACCUUCAAAAACAGAUUGAAAAAAUCCUGAGGAAAGUAGCUUACAAACUAGUAAAUAACGAAGCUACCCACUUAAUUAUAAACGACUCAAAUCUUCAAGAAUUUGUUGGUAAACCCGUAUUUAGUAGCGACAGAAUGUACACUCUCAACCCCUUACCCGUAGGCGUUGUAAUGGGACUGGCUUGGACAGCUAUGGGUGGAUCUACCUUAUACAUAGAAACAUCCCUAGUCCGGCCCAUCGACCCAUACCCAAAAACUAUCAAUCGAAAAUCGAUAAAAUCAUCAAAGAACAGUGAAGAUGAAGGAUUUUACGAAGCAACAGCCGGUGAUAGAGCGGUUGGUAAAAAGGAUGACCGCGAUCAUUAUAAUCGCUACCAAGAAGAGGAUAAAAAGAAAGAUUACCAUUACGAGACCAAUGCAACACCCUCGGUAAGUGAUGAUGGGAACAAAUUGAACGGGAACAUCGUUCAAAUGACAGGUCAUCUGGGGGACGUUAUGAAGGAGAGUACCCAGAUAGCUUACACAUACGCGAAAAAAUUUAUGAUGCAAUUCUUCCCUUGCAAUCCAUAUUUGCUCAAAUCUCAGAUACAUCUACAUGUUCCCGAGGGAGCGACUCCAAAAGAUGGCCCAAGUGCCGGUUGUACGAUAGUAACAGCUUUACUUUCUUUAGCUAAUGACGCACCGGUCAGGGAUGAUAUUGCUAUGACUGGAGAAAUAUCUUUGACAGGGAAAAUAUUGCCCGUUGGUGGUAUCAAAGAAAAAGUUAUUGCGGCUAAAAGAGCAGGUGUCAAAACGGUAAUACUUCCCCUAGAAAAUAGAAAAGAUUUUGACGAUCUACCUCAAUUUAUUAAGGAUGAAUUAACCGUUCAUUUCGUGGAAAACUAUCCUCAGGUAUUUAGUGUUGCUUUUCCGCCCCAAUUAAUCGAAAAAUCACUAGUCUCUAUACCCAAACCAGCUGUGACACACGCUCAAAAUUUUCAAGGUACGAUCGAAGGUAAUAAAAAGAAAGAAAUUUUAGAAGACAUUGACGAAAAAUACCGAGAGUCUAACGUAAAAUCAUAAUUUCGGCCCAAAAUAAAUUAGAUAAUAGUUACACAAAUCAUCAAUCAAAACUCUUGUCAUUAUACAUUAGUAUAUUUAUUUUUUACUAUUUCCGAUUCAA